UGUGCGACAACACAACAACAACCAAAGAUAGUCUCCAUCGUUGGAUUUGGAGGAAUGGGGAAAACAACUCUUGCAAACCAAGUGUAUCAAGAGAUCAAAGGUCAGUUCGAGUGUUGGGCCUUCUUAUCCGUGUCGCGAAGCCCAAACAUUAUGACUAUCCUGAGGACUAUUCUUAGUGAAGUUAGCGGUCAAGAUUAUUCUAACACGGAAGCAGGGAGUGAACAAAUACUCAUUAGCAAGAUCAACGAUUCACUACUAGAUAAAAGGUACUUUGUUGUUGUUGACGAUAUAUGUGACGUGGAUACCUGGGUUAUUAUUAAGUGUGCAUUCCCUGCUACAAGUUCUACCAGUAGAAUAAUCACGACUACCCGUAUAAACAGUGUCGCUCAUUCAUGUUGUUCAUCAUUCAAUGGCCGUAUUUACAAUAUAAGGGCUCUUGAUAUGGUUCACUCAAGACAAUUAUUUCACAGAAGGUUAUUCAAGUCUGAUGAAGAUUGCCCUUCAUACCUUCAAGAAAUUUCUGAGGAGAUAUUGGAAAAAUGCAAUGGGUUACCUUUGGCGAUCAUUGCUAUAUCUGGUUUGUUGGCUAACAUAGAAAAAGUAGAAAAUCUAUGGAAUCAAGUGAACGAUUCAAUUGGCCGUGCACUUGAAAGAAAUCCUAAUGUCGAAGGAAUGAUGAAGAUAUUGUCACUUAGUUACUUUGAUCUGCCUCUUUAUCUGAAAACAUGUCUCUUAUAUCUGAGCAUAUAUCUAGAAGAUUCUACUAUUAAGAAGAAGGACCUGAUAAGAAGAUGGAUUGCUGAAGGAUUCAUUCACAGAGAAGGCAAAUAUAGUGCAUAUGAGUUUGGAGAAAGGUGUUUUAAUGAACUACUCAAUAGGGGUUUGAUCCAACCUCGGGAGAUAGACGUAUAUGACAACGUGAAUAGUUGUCGAGUUCAUGACACAAUUCUUGAUUUCAUCAUAUCCAAGUCUGUAGAAGAGAACUUUGUUACGAUACUUGUGGUUCCCACUCUGACAAUUAGGAAUCAAAGCAAAGUUGUUCGUCGACUCUGUCUACAACGUGUUGAGGAAGGAAAUUCAGCAGUAUUGAUAGCAGAUCUCGUGUUGUCCAAAGUCCGAUCACUUACUAUGGGUAGAGGUAUGUUGGAAAUCCCUUCUUUGGAGGAGUUCAGACAUUUGCGUGUUCUCGUCUUGACGGAGUGCUUCGGUUUGCAAAAUCAUCAUCUUGUAAAUAUAGUGAGGUUAUUCCAGCUGAGGUACCUGAGGAUCCAAAGUCCAAGAAUAAGCAAACUCCCAGAACAAAUCGGGCGUUUAGGGUGCUUAGAGAUUCUGAUCCUAAGAGACACUCGUGUAAGGGAAUUACCUGCAUCUAUUGUUAAUCUAAAAAAACUGAUACAUAUACUUGUUGAUGUUGAGGUAGUAUUUCCUGAUGGGAUUGCGAAGAUGCAAGCACUGGAGAUGUUGAAAGAUGUGAAGGUCUCCAUUCAACCAUUUGACUUCCUGUGUGGCCUUGGCCAACUAAAUAAUUUGAGGAAUCUGCAGCUUGAUCUUCGUUUGGAAGUUGAUUCUGAAACUGAGGAUACGGAUGUGGUUGGUGAGGAGCGCAAGAAAGCUAUGGUCUCUUCCCUGUGUAAGCUAGGCACCCAGAAUCUCCGCUCCCUAACUAUUUAUGGAGGGAGCAACCUCUUCCAUGAGGAAUCUUUGUGCCUGCCUACCCUCAAGUACCUUUAUAUCCGUUUUUCGGACUUCCCGCAGGUUCCGACAUGGAUGGGCUCCCUCAGAAACCUCCAGCGGCUACGCUUUGUUGUGGCAGCGCUCAAGCAGGACGACCUCUGCACCCUUGGGGCUUUACCCAGUCUGCUCUUUCUGCAUCUG